AUGUGGCAACAACUAGUACUGAUAGUUCUAAUCGGCUUGGCAACCACCAUUCAACAAGGGACUGCAGAGCGCAUACGGUACGACAACUAUCAGGUCUAUCAGCUGCAACCGCAGACGGCAGCUCAGUUAGAGACCAUCAAGGAGCUUGAUGGUUCUAGUGACUCGUUACUCUUUGUGGAUCCAGUACAUUAUUUGGGUACUAAAAUUAAUGUCCUCGUUGCACCACAACGUGUCACCGAUUUUUUAGCUACACUGCAGCAAAGCGAUAUUUCAUAUGAAUUGGUGGACGAGAAUGCACAGAAAAGUUUGGAUUUGGAAGAGCUCGUAGCUGAUCCCAAUCGAAGACGCGGUGAAUACACUUGGACGGAAUAUCAUGAGCUGAACGAUACAUAUGCUUGGUUGCGUUCACUACCUGAAAAAUAUCCUGAGCAAGUGAGUGUAUUUGUUGCGGGUCGGUCGUAUGAAGGACGUGAAAUAUUAGGCGUAAAGAUCUCGUAUGCCAGUAGUGUCGAUGGUGCAACAAAACGUGGUAUUUUCCUUGAAGGCGGCAUGCAUGCACGUGAGUGGAUUAGUCCCGCUACCACAACUUACAUCAUUAAUCAGUUGCUCACCAGCACUAAUGCGGAUGUGCGCAAGAUGGCGGAGAGUUUUGAUUGGUAUGUGGUGCCCCAUGCCAACCCUGAUGGCUUUGUGUAUACACAUACCACAAAUCGCAUGUGGCGUAAAACGCGUACGCCAUACAACGGCUGCUUUGGCGCAGAUCCUAAUCGAAAUUGGGGUUUCCAUUGGAAUGAAGUCGGUGCAAGCAGUAAUGCUUGCUCAGAUACAUAUGCCGGACCAAGAGCAUUCUCAGAGAUUGAAACGCGCACGCUCUCUGACUACAUUAGCACAUUGAGGGGAAAAUUAGUUUUGUAUUUGUCAUUCCAUUCAUAUUCUCAACUGUUACUCUUCCCUUAUGGGCAUACCAGUGAGCUGCCGCCCAAUUAUAAGGACCUGAAGCGCGUAUUUGAUGUUGGAGUGACAGCUGUUUCGAAACGGUAUGGCACAAGAUAUACUGGUGGUAACGUGUAUGAUGCCAUAUAUCCCGCUGCGGGCGCCAGCCUUGAUUGGGCUUAUGGCAAGUUGGAGGUACCCUACUCAUAUUGCUUUGAAUUGCGUCCUUCGGGUUCAUACUUAUGGAGUGGAUUCCGCUUACCAGCCGAACAAAUUAUACCCACUGGUGAGGAGAUAAUAGAUUCCAUGUUGGCAAUGAUCAAGGGGAUAGGUACCUUAUAAUAAAAUAUUUAAAAAUAUUCGAAUAUUUAAUUCAUUUAUGGUUGUUCUAAGUAAGACAAAACAAAAAUUGUAUUUUAAAAGUCCAAUCAUUAUUUUUGCGGCCUAAAGCCCAAUCAUACGUAAAAAUUAUUUGUAAUAAUCAAAUCGCUAUAUUUCAAUAUUUUAAUUCGGAUACAUUCUAGUUUUUGAAUUAUUUAUUUAAAUAUACUGCUGAGUUGGUUCGGGAAGUCGCACUGAUCCCACUGACAUGCGAAAACCUGUUUUCUUUAGAUUAUGCUUUCUUUGGAGGAUAUGGAAGUUGAAAAAUUUCUGUAAUUCAUAAUUUUUUCGAGUUUCUUAUAAUAAAAAGUACUUUUAAUCUACAUACCAAAAUAAAUGUACUUCAAAGUGUUAACUAUUUUAUACAAAAUAAAAUUUAA